CUCGCGAAGGCCUCCAGGGUAGCUGUUGCGCGCGUCGUUCUAUCCGGAGAUUUCCACACGGUGAGAGCCCCGGUCGCAACAGCCGACGCAGCAUCGCCAAAAGAAUUCCAAGGCGAGCGAUUCGAGCACGACACUCAACAAUGCCGCUGCCCAAACGCCCCACGAUUCCGAAGAGCGCGUCGUCGAAGCCCAAGCCAAAGUCAGGCGACAGCAGAUUUGCCAGCUUCGAGACCGACCCCAGAUUCCGUCUGCCCUCCAAGAAACAUGCGAAAACGAAGCUCGACCCUCGAUUCUCGCGAUUAAAGUCUGACCCCGACUUCCACAACAAGGCAUCCGUCGACAGAUAUGGGCGCCGCAUAUCGAAAGACGCCGGCAAGAAGGAGCUGGAGCGCAUGUACGAGCUGGACGAUGAAGACAGCCAGGAUAAUCUGGAUGCGCCCAAUCAGCACAAGCGGGAUGAGGCCGUGCGGAAGGAGCUCGACAAGGUGCGACAGAGGGGCUUCGAUCCGAUUCGAGAUGGUGGGCUGUCUUCAUCUUCGGACGAUAGUUCCAGCGAAGACGAAGAGGAGGAAGAGGAAGUUGAAGACCAGGCAGAACUGGCAGCGCAAGGAAAUGAGGUGCCUAUGGGGGAUAUCACGUCGAGAAUUGCGGCGGUAAACAUGGACUGGGACAACAUCCGAGCCUCGGAUAUCAUGGCUGUGGCCAACUCGUUCGCCCCCGCAGAUGGAAGGAUACACAGUGUCAUCAUAUACCCUAGCGAGUUUGGGAUAGAGCGUUUACAGCGAGAGGAGAUGGAAGGGCCCCCGCGCGAGAUAUUCGCCUCGUCAGCUAAGAACAAGAAAAAAAAUGUCACUACAAUAGGCAGCCUCAACGAAGAACCUGGAUCGGAAGACGAAGAGGAGUUGAAAGAGGAGCUAGCAAACGAGAACAUGGGCGAAGAUUUCGACUCAAAGGCACUGCGGACUUACCAACUCGAUCGACUACGCUAUUACUAUGCCGUUAUCACUUGCUCCUCGCCCGACGUCGCCAGAGCGAUAUACGAGAGCAUGGACGGACGAGAGUAUCUCUCUAGCGCCAACUUCUUUGACCUUCGAUUCAUACCCGACGGGGUUGAGUUCGAUGCGGAUCCUCACGACGAAUGCGAACGGCUGCCGGACGGCUAUAAACCGAAUGAAUUCAUCACCGACGCUCUAUCACAUUCCAAGGUCAAAUUGACCUGGGAUGCCGAGGACACAACACGAAAAGAGGUCCAAAAGCGAGCUUUCUCCAGGAAAGAGAUAGAUGAGAACGAGCUGAAGGCGUACCUGGGGACAGACUCCUCAUCCUCCGAAGACGAGGCUGAAGCUUCCAAAGCGGAUAGGGUUGCUAGUUUCAGAGCGGCUCUAGGCCUGGAACCCGCGGGAAAGUCGCAGCCAAAGCAGAAAUUGUCGCAUAAGAGAGAUCGAGACUUCAAGAAGCCAGAUGACGAAAUGCAGAUCACAUUCACAGCUGGCCUGUCUGCCAACGGUGGAAAGAGUUCUGUCUUUGAAAACGAGCCUGAAGAGAACACACUUGAGAAGUACAUCCGAAAGCAGAAAGAGCGAAGGGCGCGACGAAAAGAGAAAGCCGUAGCUAUGAAAGAAGGGAAUGACCCCGAUGCGGUGUCUGUAUGUAAAAGCGCAACGAAGACCAACGCACACGAAGAGGAUCCGUGGAACGACCCCUUCUUUGGGUCGGAUACCGAGGCUGCGGACGCUACGAAGGCGGAGUCGAAGAAGUCGAGGAAGGCUAAGCAGCGGGAAGAACGAGAGAAGCAAGAGCAGGAAUCUGCCGCUGAACGCGCCAAACUCGAACUGCUCAUGGUGGACGACGAGGGAUCCAAAGUGCAGCACUUCGACAUGAACGAGAUCCUGAAGGCUGAAAAAGCGAAGAAGAAAGGGAAGAAGAGUAAGAAAGCAAAGGACGCCGUCCUUGAGGAUAACUUCCAGAUGGAUACCAAUGAUCCACGAUUCGCCAAACUAUACGAGAACCACGAGUUUGCGAUUGACCCUACCAAUCCGCGUUUCAAAGGCACCUCAGGCAUGAAGGCGUUGCUAGAGGAAGGGCGAAAGAAGCGGAAACGUGACAGGGAUGAGGACGACCUUGGGCAGGUGAAGGCUUCGAAACGGGUUGCAAGUGACGGGGAUGAUUUGAGGAAGCUGGCUGCUAGAGUCAAGGCGAAGAGCAAACGGCCGUGAAGCCGUUCAGGUAGUGCCUUGUCAAGUCGAGUUGAUACCCACGAACCGUUGUCCACUAUAUAUUGUACAGUAC